AUGAAUACCAUGCAAGACAUGUCUAAAACCCCCAUGGAUGUAUUAUGUGAAGUGGAUCACAUAUUGUCAGUAAUCUCUCAGGCCUAUCAUCACCCAAUCAAUGUCAGGAAAAAUUGGGGUGGAAAAACCUGCAAUGCAGAAGCUGCUGAGAGAUAUGCAGAAGUGACUGAGUCAUCCAUUCUGGUGACUGACUCAAACACCAUCCAUGUUUGGUAUAUGCUGGAUGCUCUCAGCCCAAAAAGAAGGGCCAAUGUAUGGAACUGCCUUCAUCUUCUGAGGGAACCACUGUGGGAGAGCAUAAAGGCUUCCCCACAGGCAUGGUGGAUGGACAAGUCAUAUUUCUGUGAUAAUGCUGAGUUGAAAUGUGCCAUCAACCUGUCACCUGCAUGGUUUCAACAGGGUCAUGGGCCCCAAAAUGGCCUCCUGGAAGCCUCACAGCUGCUCAAAUCUAGGAUGGAAAACACUUCUACAAGGGAAUGGGUUGACCAAAUGUCUGACACCAAUGCCCUGUUAUCUGUGAUCCUGCAUGUCAUCCAUCUGGCAGCAUUGAUCCACCUUGGCAAACAGGUGGAACAGCAGGUGGACUUGGAUAUGAGCUCCAUACUGCCAAUAUGGAGCUCCACAUAUAGCAGCAUGUCCAUGAUGGUGAAUCAGGUAACUUGUUACCACAGGGAUAUCAAUGGAUGGGAUCCAUGGUAUGACAUGCUGGUAACCAUGGGUGACUACCCACCCUUGGACUUUGUCAUUCCAACACUUGAAUCUGCAGCUGUGCUACAACCCAGGGACAAUCAUUGCAUUUUCAGGUUCAGCAUUGGAGCAUGGGGUGGGAGCUGUAGAUGGUGA